AUUUAUGAACGCAACUGUCAACAAAGUAUGAAAGCUUUGAGUGAUUUAUUGUAUAUAUUCAGGACACUCUCGAUGUGAGGAAUGAAGAAUAAAAAGGUGAAACACUCAAAGUGUGUCAGCAACAGAAAAAGAGUGCUCAGUGAUGUGUCUCCAUCCACCAGUAUUCCUCCUCUAGUGGAGGGGCAGCUGAGAUGUUUCCUCAGGGUGACAGUGAGUAAAGUGCUGUGGACAAUCAUCAAACAUCCUCCUGUGUAUCUAAUCCGACUGCGAUGGUGGGGAGAGUCUUCCAACGGCACCUUCUUUAGGCCCAGAGAUGGAAACGUUGAACAGAAAGGUGUUAAAUCCACAGCCCGCUUUCCUGUAAGAUGUGGACCAAAACAGCUGACGUCUUAUCUCACAGAUAUGGGCUCAUUGCUGCUGGAUGUGCUUACAAAGGUUGAUCAUUUGCCUAUCGCUCGAGCUCAAAUCCCAGGGAUUGCCCGACUCUCUUUGUCUCACUCCAUAAAUGGAUAUUUCACUCUUAUUUCCCCAACAUCCGAAAAACUUGGGGAACUCCAGGUCACACUUUCUCUCGAACCAUUAACGGAAGGAUAUGACAGCAGUAGCUCAGUACCUGCGACAGAUAUGAGCUUUAGUGCUCUGGCUCCUGCUCUAAUAACUGACCAGAACAUGCCUGUGUUGACAUCCCUGGAUCAGCCUCUCCCGAGUAACACUAAGAAGAAGACAGUUGACGUCAGGUCUGUCCACAUGCCCCGGGGGAAGGAUUACCUGUAUUUUCAUGAAAGCAGUAACAUUGUGCCAUCUUCCUCUAGUGGAAAACCUAAAGUUGUUUCUGGUCAAAUAUCUGUUGACGUUUUGUCAGUUCUUCUUGAGCGUGGUAGCAAGCUCAGAAAUGCAAUGGUGGUUUCAGCCUUGAAGACUGAUGUAGAGUCAGAUGUUCCUCUGAAGGACAUUCCCCAGCCCAUCUCCAGAGACAACACUGAGGCUUUGCCACCCAGACCUUCAUCAGGACAGUUUCUGGAGAACAUCCUUCAAUCUGAACUCCAGCAUCCUUCUCAAGACCUUAAAGAAGCAAUUCAGCAAAGAGCCAAUAUGGAGGAUAUGGCUAUGGAUCUGCUUCUGGGAAGUGUUAAUGGCUCACCGCUGCAGUUCUGGGAUGGAGAUGGUUCUCCUCCACAGUCUCUUUCUGAUCACAGUAGUGUGCUUAUGGACAGUGAGCUCAAUGACCCUCAAUAUGAUCAAAGUCUUCUUGAGAACCUAUUCUACAAAGCUCCUAUAUCAGAUGAGUGUUUGGAAGAGGAACACCAGAGGAAAUGCACUGUAGGGAAGACAGUGCACACACGCCUAGAUACAAAUGGCCGGCUGGAUCCUGAUUCCGAAGCAGAAGAUUGUUUCCCUGGCCUGAGUGGGGAUAAGAUCGCUUUACUUGGCGAUGUUCGUUUUGCCAGAGUUAACAUCAGUGAGCUAAAAGUUCCCAAAGACACAAGUUCUAACAUAUCAAGAAAAGGAAGACCACCUCGCACCCGCACCACAAAGCAAUGCUCUUAUAUUGUAGAGUACCUCUUCCCACUGGUCUCUACCGAAUAUGAUGAUGUCAGUCUAGUGCCUUCAGAGUUCACAAAAGUCAUCUCUAGUAAAACUGUAGAGGGCGUGGUGACGUUUCAGCAUCAAAGUUUGUUUCCCAUGAGGUUCAGCGGGUCCUCUAGUAAACAGUGGUGGAAGAUAAACAUCUCAUUCAAGAUCUACUCCAAAAAUAGCUUUCAAAAGACACCCAUUCUUAUUGGAACAGCAACGUUUCCUCUGAGCACUCUUUUGCAGAGUGAAUUUCUGAACAUUUCUGCUGCCCUGCCUGUUCAAAGACCAGAUGGAAACACUGAAAAACAGGCAGUUGGCCCGCUAAAGGUUUCAUUUGAACUUGCGGUUGACAAGAAUGACUUCACCACCAAAAAAAGGUCUGGAAGGAAAGGGCUGAAUCUGCAAAAAGCCCCCAUGUCCUGCCUGACUGAAAAGGAUGAUGGGCAGAAGAGUUUGUUUGUGAGUAAUCACAGGAGAGACCCAUCUCCUAGUGCAGAACUUCACCCAGUCCAGAGUAUCCUGAUGUCUCAAACCAGAUCACGAUCUACAUCGCCAUACCCCAGACACCAGAACUUUCCUAACAAGCCUUUGCAACAGGAAGUGGAGGAGACUGAGAUUUUGCUUCAUACAUUACUCAUGGUCCCUGAAGGGAAAGAAUUUAAUUGUGCACCUAUGCAGCCCAAUUUCUACUUGAAUUGUAAGCUGCUCGGAUCCGAUGAGACUGCUCAAUCGGCAAUCAGCUGGGGACAAAAACAUCCAACAUUUAACUUUGUCCAGGUGGCUCCAAUCACUCUGACCUCCAGACUGUUGGAGAGAAUGAAGAACAAUGUAAUGGUCAUUGAGGUUUGGUUGAGGGCCAGAAAAUCAGAUCAUGAUAAACUUCUAGGCUUAGUGAAACUACCGCUCCACCAGUUCUACAUGUCCUUCAGAGACCCCAAGAUCUCCAAGCUGCUUUUGCAGUCUCAGUAUCCAGUGGUUGGGGUGGACAGUUAUAUGCCUGUCAAUGAUGUGUUCACUGGAAGCACUAGUGGGAACCUCAGUGUGUGUUUAGCAAUGGGUCUAGCUCAGCAGAUCACAGCACUACAGCGAAUGAGAGAUGAUCUGACCUGCGUAAUGCCGCUGCAUCGACCAGUUCACAUGUUAGACCACCAGACACACACAGAAAAAAAGGCUACGUCAGAUGUUCUUCGUGAGCAUGUUUUCAUUGUCCAAAUAGAUCGAGUCAAGGGUCUGAUGCCUCUACAAUCCACAGUGUGGGGAGAAGCUGACUGCUACAUCCAGUACUCCUUCCCUGCACAAACUGAAGAGUCACAAGAGGACAUGGAUCCUAAUGUUGUUGAAAGCAAUGUGGAUCUCAAGACAUUCUGCACUGAGACCACCCUCUGUGUGCCUGACCCAGUGUUUGGACAUAUUGAGACCCACAUCCUGCUCGCUUCUCCAGAUGUCCCAGUGCAGAGAUUGCUGCUCAGCUCACUGGCCAAUCAAGGGUUGCGGAAUGGAGGAGGAGUGCAGUUUGAGGUUUGGUGCAGGUAUUAUUACCCAAAUGGCAGAGAGCAGCUGGUAGCCAGGGGGCUGCUGCCAAUGUCCAAACUGUGUGCCAUGGUCACAAUGCAGAAGCAGGGUCAAAACGAUACACAGCUGUUCUCCCUGCCAUUGGUACAAAGAAUGAAAACUGUUGCAUAUCUGUGUUUGGUUGUAGGACUGCUUGAAGUGAGCGUUCAGUACAAGUCUCGACCAUUGAGAAGUGUUGGAGUGAAGAGUGGGGUCUUGCCAUCCCGCAGAGUGAUUUUGGUUAUGCAGUUGCACAGAGCAGCCGGGCUGCAAGCUGCAACAAAAGUUCUUGCAGAUACAGACAGUGCACUUCAGUAUUACUCUGAAGUGGGAGUCAACUCCUUUGUCACCAUGCAGUUGCCCUUCCUGCCAGACAGUGAGGUGCGAAGCACACGCGUGGCAGCCAGAAGUUUCUGUCCAGUGUUUGAGCAUCACACAGAGUUUUGCUGUAACCUGCUAGUUCAAAGAGAAAGCGGGGAGAGCGUCAGUCUGGCUGAACUGCUGCAAGACGCAGUGGCUGUAUUCACCAUUUACAACAGAGACACACGCAAAGUGGUCGAUACAACAAGAUCCAAGGACACUGUCUUGGGCACUGUGAAAAUCAAGCUUGCAGAUCUGAUUCAUAAAAGAACUGGCAUAUCUGGCUGGUACGGUCUCUCUCUACCUCAGAACACGACAUCAUCUCAAAAGCCGACUUCAGCAGGAGGGCUUGAAAUCUCUAUUAACUUUUCCCAUCACACAGAUAGAGAGCGUGUAAUCAGUUCGGCUCGUGGAUUGGGAUGGGAUGUGGGGCAAAACAGUGAAGAUGAGGCAGACAUAGAUGAUGAAGAUGCUCUGAUAACCAGCACAAAGACUCUGGCAUUAUCUAUUUCCAUGCCUAGAGCAUGGCUGCCCUUCCAUUGUCUGCUGCUACCAGGUCAUGAAGGCUUACAGCGUUCCACCUACUGCUACUACAGAUACAAACUGUACGACCAGGACACCUUCUGCUCAGAACUUCGACAUCCUGUUCUGGAGAAUGAUGGAGAAGAAGGUCUGGCCACAGUUGCAUUUCAGGGGAGCAGAAGUGUGGUUUUUAGGAGGACUCAGCCUCUGCACUGGUACCUGAGGGAGGAAAGGCUGGAGGUGCAGUUGUGGGUGGCUUUUGGGAAGGAGAAGAGAGUUCGACCUCAUAAUGCAGACCGUCUGCUGGGCUCUGCCUUUGUGGACCUCUCUGCUCUUGCUACAAGCUUGAAACACCACCAAACAUUGAGCGGUGUUUACCCUUUGUUUAAACGCUCUGCUGUGAACCUGAGUGGUGCUGCGCUCAGAGUCCAUAUCACUGUGACUACAGACUCCAUACCACGUGAAUCUCAAGCUGUUUCACACAUAGAAAAUCUUCACAGCUCAGGAAAUGAUGAAGGGGAUGAAAGCAUUCCCACCACAGUGCUGUCCAGACCAUCUCAAUCCACCAGCAGACAGCUAUUCAAAUCAGCUAUAAGCACUGAGCCUCCACCAUCCUCCACCACAGAAGUCAGCACUGAGGACACAUUCAUAGCCAACAUUACUGUGGACAGAGCAAUGCAUCUAAGUCUAGGGGGUUGUCCUCUUGCUGAGCGGGAUGGAGGUUUGCCCAUUUGCUGUGUCUCUUAUGCCACUGCUGAGGCUUCUGGCACAGUGACCACAGCACUGGUUAAAGACAGUGUCUGCCCUGUUUGGGACCAUCAACAAGAAUGCAGGCUUUCAAAGGAGCUUCUUUUGGAUCCCCAGCAAUUCCUGGUUUUCAAAGUUUGGCAUAAAGGAGAGUUGGAGCGGGUGAUUGGAUUUGCAUCUGUAGACCUGUCACCGCUCCUGUCGGGUUUUCAGUCAGUGUGUGGCUGGUACAAUAUCACAGAUUUCAGUGGGCAGUGUCAGGGACAGCUGAAGGUGUCUGUGUCUCCUCUGAGGGCAGUACAGGAGUUACGCAGCCAGAGACAACCAGUACCCGAGACCACUGCCCCAGACUCUAGUGCUCUGUUUAGUGCUCUGCCACUCUGUUAUCAAACCACAGCGACCUAUAACAGCUUCCCCAACCACAUCAGUCAAUUCUCAGAGCAGAGGUUCACCACACCUCUUGAUCAACUUGAAAGACCACUCUCUGAUAGGUCCGGCGUGGUAGAUCGUCACGACGAGCACUUGAACAACGUAAGGUUGUUCCAUCAGACUUUGCACGAGGGCAAAAGAGCUUCUCGUUCCUCUUUGGCUGGAGACUCCCACCCUUCCAGUUCAACACUCUUCACUGCCCUCAGGAAAAACCUCAGUGAGCUGGAUGAUAUCCAAAGAUAUUUCAACCGUAAAUUGUCGACUCCAGCAUUCCCAAAGCUGAGCGAGCUGAGAAGAACCUCCAGGCAGGAGCACCACAGGGACUCGGAGACAGACACCACGCAACUGCUACUGAAGUCCAGUCAGCUGGUUGGAGAGGUCAAUAACGUCAUAAAAGGCUUAAGUGACUACCAGACUGAAGGAACGGCAACUGUCCAUACAAUCUCAGAUACACCUGCUGUGGUUCAAGGGACUUUACACUCUGGGGUUGAUCAACUGAUGUUAUCAGAAUCUGAGAGCUAUGAGACAGAACCUAACUGUCAUAAACACUCAGAAAUGGUUUCGGAAGAUGUUUCCCCUAUCAGCUCUCUUACUCAUAGAGAGACCAGACAGUCACAAGCACCUCCAGAAGAUGAAAAGCUCCAUCACAGCCCAUCUGAUAGAGAUGGAGAUGAAGAUGAGUGUAAAGAAGAGGAUAAAGAGGAAGAAGACUUUGAGGAAACCUUGAUACAGCCUCGAACACUCAAUGAGGUCACCUCAGUCACAGACAGAACCAGCCCCUGGACCAGCCUACUGUCUGACCCAGAUAUGGGAUCUCUGGAGAGUCUAGAAUUAGUGGAGAAUUAUUCUCAAGGAGAGGAGAGAAACACCAGAGAAUGCUUACCGGGAAUUAAACCACAGUCAUUGACUGCAGAAUUGCAUGGCAUUGAUUCUGAAUCAGACCUCGGUGAAAGAUCUGAAACGGAUCUUGAUACAUUUAGGAGUGAAGCGGAUAUUGUCGCAGAUGACUGGGAGAAGCAGCAAUCUCCAGACGGUCUGGAUCGAGACUGUACUCACUGUAAUAUUAGUGAGGAUGAGGAUUGUGACCGAAGGAACAGUGGCGCUGAAGAAAGAGAUGAAAGAUCAAACUUAUCUCCUACCACAGAGUCUGACUCAGAAACAGAUGAGAAGAGAACAAAACCUUACGAGCCUGCAGAGAUUCCAAAUUUCUUCUUGUCGGCUCACCAUCUGGAGGCAUCCAUGAGAGCUUUGAGGAUGGCACCUGUUUUCCCUUCCUCCACAGAAUCUGAGACUUUAAAUCCUGGUAAUCCAUAUCGAAGAAGGACUCGACCCAGACCCACCAUCACUCCGUUACAGAGGAGUGAAGAGACAAAAAGAAUUGCAAAAAUAUUUGCUUCAAAGUUUACAGAAGGGAGUUAGUGCACUCUUCAAAAUUAUGUAAAAUAUGUUCAACGUUUGACUUCUUAAAUGGUUAUUUAUUUGA